AUGGCCUCGGAGCCCCGCUUUGGAGAGCGCGCCCCGAGCUCCGCUCCGCCCGGCCGGGGAGCCGGCUGCGCCCACGCCGCCUCGGCGCUGAAGCGGAUCUCCAAGGGCGAGGCCGGGGGCCCCAAGGCCCCGCUGUGGCUGCGGGCCCGGUUCCAGGCGCUGCUCUUCGCGCUGGGCUGCCGCAUCCAGCGGCACUGCGGCAAGGUGCUGCUCGCCGGGCUGCUGCUCUUCGGGGCGCUGGCCCUGGGGCUCCGCGCCGCCGCCAUCGAGACCGACCUGGAGCAGCUGUGGGUGGAAGCCGGCAGCCGUGUCAGCCAGGAGCUCAGGUACACAAAAGAGAAGCUGGGGGAAGAAUCCGUCUACACGUCCCAGAUGCUGAUCCAGACCCCGAAACAGGAAGGGGAGAACGUCCUCACCCAGGAGGCGCUGGCGCUGCACCUCGAGGCGGCGCUGGCGGCCAGCAAGGUGCAAGUCUCGUUGUAUGGAAAAUCCUGGGAUUUGAACAAAAUCUGCUACAAGUCCGGCGUCCCCAUCAUUGAGAAUGGCAUGAUCGAGCGGAUGAUCGAGAAGCUUUUCCCCUGCGUGAUCCUGACCCCGCUGGACUGCUUCUGGGAUGGCGCCAAGCUGCAAGGAGGCUCCGCCUACCUCCCGGGGCGGCCGGACAUCCAGUGGACGAACCUGGACCCCGUGCAGCUGCUGGAGGAGCUAGGCCAGUUCACCUCGCUGGAGGGCUUCCGGGAGCUGCUGGACAAGGCGCAGGUGGGGCAGGCCUACGUGGAGCGGCCCUGCCUCAACCCCCGCGAGCCCGCGUGCCCCGCCAGCGCCCCCAACAGGCUGAGCCAGCAGGACCCCGACAUCCCUGCCGAGCUGACGGGGGGCUGCCACGGCUUCUCCCGGAAAUUCAUGCAUUGGCAAGAGGAGCUGAUCCUGGGGGGCACCACGAAGGACCCGCAGGGCAGGCUGCUGAGCGCUGAGGCCCUGCAGAGCAUGUUCCUGCUCAUGAGCCCGCGGCAGCUCUACGAGCACUUCAAGGACGACUACGAGAUCCAGGACAUCGGCUGGAGUGAGGAGAAGGCGGCUGCCAUCCUGGAGGCCUGGCAGAGGGAGUUUGUGGAGCUGGCACAGGAAUGCCUCCCGCAGAACAGCUCCCAGCGUGUCCACGCCUUCUCCACCACCACGCUCAGCGACAUCAUGAAGUCCUUCUCGGACGUGAGCGCCAUCCGCGUGGCCGGGGGCUACCUCCUGAUGCUGGCGUACGCCUGCGUGACAAUGCUGCGCUGGGACUGCUCCAAAUCCCAGGGGGCCGUGGGCCUGGCCGGCGUCCUGCUGGUGGCCCUGUCUGUGGCGUCAGGACUCGGGCUCUGCUCGCUGCUGGGGAUCUCCUUCAACGCAGCCACCACCCAGGUGCUGCCAUUCCUGGCCCUGGGCAUCGGGGUGGACGAUAUGUUCCUCCUGGCUCACGCCUUCACCGAGACCAGCCAGCACGUCCCCUUCAAGGAGCGGACAGGCGAGUGCCUGAGACGCACGGGCACCAGCGUGGCCCUCACCUCAAUCAGCAACAUGAUCGCCUUCUUCAUGGCAGCCCUGGUGCCCAUCCCUGCCCUGCGCGCCUUCUCCCUGCAGGCUGCCGUGGUGGUGGUGUUUAACUUCGCCAUGGUGCUGCUCAUCUUCCCAGCCAUCCUGAGCCUGGACCUGCACCGACGCCAGGACCAGCGGCUCGACGUCCUGUGCUGCUUCUACAGCCCGUGCUCCUCCCGUGUCAUCCAGAUCCAGCCGCAGGAGUACGCCGACGCCAACGAGAACCACGCCUCUCACCCCUCGCCCUAUGGGCACCCGGCUGUGGCCACCAGCACCCAGAUCACCACCACGGUGCAGGCCUUCACCCGCUGCGACCCCUCGGGCCGGCACGUUGUCACCAUCCUGCCGCCCACCGCCCAGGUCUGCACCGCGCCGCUGGCCCCUGCCGACCCGCUGGGCUCCCAGCUCUUUGCCCCGGCUAGCUCCACCCGCGACCUGCUGGCCCAGCUGGACGGGGCCAAGGGGGGCCGGGAGUGCGUGCCGCUGCCCCUGUGCCGCUGGAAUCUGGCUGACUUCGCCAGGGAGAAGUACGCCCCCCUCCUGCUGCAAACCCAGACCAAGGGCAUCGUGGUGCUGCUGUUCCUGGCGUUGCUAGGCCUCAGCCUGUAUGGCAGCACACUGGUGCACGACGGGCUGUACCUGACGGACAUCGUGCCGCGGGGCACCAAGGAGCACGCCUUCAUCGCCACCCAGUCCAAGUACUUCUCCUUCUACCACGUCUUCAUCGCCACCAAGGGCGGCUUCCACUACCCCAGCUCGCAGGAGGCGCUGUACGGCCUGCACCGGGCCCUGGGUGCCCUGCAGCACGUGGUGCGCGACCACGCCCGCCAGCCGCCCAAGAUGUGGCUGCACUACUUCCAGGACUGGCUGCGAGGCCUGCAGGCCGCCUUCGACAAGGAGUGGCAGGCCGGGCGCAUCACCCGCGACAGCUACCGGAACGGCUCCGAGGACGGCGCGCUGGCCUACAAGCUGCUCAUCCAGACGGGCGACAAGAAGGAGCCAUUCAACUACAACCAGCUCACCACGCGCCGCCUGGUGGACGAGAACGGCAUCAUCCCCCCGGAGACCUUCUACAUCUGCCUGACCGUGUGGGUGAGCAACGACCCGCUGGGCGUCGCCGCCUCCCACGCCAACUUCUAUCCCCCGCCGCCCGAGUGGAUCCACGACAAGUACGAUGCCACCGGCGAGAACCUGCGAAUCCCCGCAGCCCAGCCCCUGGAGUUCGCCCAGUUCCCCUUCUACCUGAGCGGCCUGCGCCAGACCGCGGACUUCGUGGAGGCCAUCGAGAGCGUGCGGGCCGUGUGCGAGGAGGCGGCCCGGGAGCGCGGCGUGGCCAGCUACCCCAGCGGCUACCCCUUCCUCUUCUGGGAGCAGUACAUCGGCCUGCGCCACUGGUUCCUGCUGGCCGUCAGCAUCGUGCUGGCCUGCACCUUCCUGGUGUGCGCCGUGCUGCUGCUCAACCCCUGGACCGCCGGCAUCAUCGUGGCCGUGCUGGCCAUGAUGACGGUGGAGCUCUUCGGGAUGAUGGGGUUGAUGGGCAUCAAGCUGAGUGCCAUCCCGGCCGUGAUCCUCAUUGCCUCGGUGGGCAUCGGCGUCGAGUUCACCGUCCACGUGGCCCUGGGGUUCCUGACGGCCAUGGGCAGCCGGACGCUGCGCUCGGCCCUGGCCCUCGAGCACACGUUGGCACCCGUGCUGGACGGGGCGCUCUCCACGCUGCUGGGCCUACUCAUGCUGGCCGGUUCCGAGUUCGACUUCAUCCUGAGGUAUUUCUUUGCCGUGCUCACCGUCCUGACUGUCUUGGGCCUCCUGAACGGCCUGGUGCUGCUGCCCGUCCUGCUGUCGGUCAUCGGGCCCCCGGCCGAGGUCAUCCCGGCGGAUAAUGGCAGCCGCCUGCCGUCACCAGAGCCCAUCCCCCCACCCAUCAGCCAUCACGGCUUCUACAUGCGGCCGCCCCCGGCCUGGCCCGGUGCCUUUGCGGACUCCCUGGACUCGGAGUACUACUCGGAGAGCACCGCGGGCUCGGGGCUGACCCACCCCCAGCCCUACGACCCCGGCGCCUACAUCCUGCCGCCCGCCCCGGCCCGGGUCCUGGUGCAGGCCAGCAAGAAUCCCAGCUUCCCCACCAUCACGGUGGUGAAAACCUACCAGGAGAACCAGGAGCCACCAGGGAAGAAGGAGCCACCGAGCACCAACCAGACCCAGUCCCUGGCUGCCGGCGACUCCCUCCCAUCGUCCGGCCCGGAUCUCAGGGACUUGCCUCAGCACAGACUGCCCCGGCCCGGCCCCCCCGGCGCCAGGACUGUCCCGCACCGAGCCCCCCGGCCCCUGCGGACUGCCCUCCCCGCCUACAGCGGCAGCUACACCACAGUGACGGCCACGGCCUCCGUGACGCUGGCCCUGCACCCGCCCCUGCCGGGCUCCUUGCAGGGUUACACACAUGACAGCUACGAGGACAGCGAGUCCGACUGCCCGGAGGAGCCCGGCCCGCCCGCCUGCAGCGCCCCCGGCUCCGCCGCGCCCGAGACCCUCGCGCUCCACCACCGGGGACGGGCAGACGGCUCUGCAAGGCCCUAG